AUGACGGAUGACGAGCACGCCAAGUUCCUAGUCGCCAUUACACUCUAUCCUCAAGGCCCAUGGCGCAAAGUCGCGGCAUACGUGAGCACUCGUUCCAGUCGCCAAGUGCAGACGCACGCUUUAAUGUACCACAAAAAGGUGGUGCGACGCAUGCAUGGACUGCACAAAGGCCGUCUAUCCUCGGGUCGUAAAGAGCACGGCAACGAUAUGCUAGCCGCGUGCAACGUGGACGAGGGUCUCGGUAUUGACCUACCCAACCGCAUCGAAGGUUGGCCUUCGCCGCAGCAACAUCCGGCGAAUUCAGGGUUUAGUACGACGGAGCAUAUGGUUGAGUUUUUGCUAGAUACGGUGCCUGGUUCAAUGAGUCUAGGUGAUGUGAACUCCAACAGCAUCGCUGACACCGUCCAGAACUCUGCUGUAUUAAACACUUCGUGUCAGCUUCCAACGAUCGAUGAGUCGCUUGAUUUCUUGAUCAAGUGCUUGUCUAAAGCAAGUUAA